UGGGUCCAUUUCCCCUUUCUCUCUCUCUCCAAAAACCAAAAUAGAAAAGGAUCAGAAGAUCAUUUGGGUUCAUUUCCUAUCUCUCAGCCAUCUGAUGCAGUAGGAGCUUUUGAUAGGAAGAUGAAGUUGAUAUCAAAGUCUCCAUCUUGUAUAUUACUUUCGUUUUGCUUUGGGUGUAUACAUCUCUUGUAUUUGGUUGAGAGGUCCACUGCUCAAAAUGCUACUACAGACCCAACUGAAGCGGCCGCUCUAAACUCCAUCUUUCGGCAAUGGGGCGUGUCUGCAUUGCCUACGUGGAACACAACUGGUGAUCCAUGCACUGGGGUCGCCGUUGAUGAUUCCAAGACCAUCGACGAUCAGGACAUGAACCCUGCAAUCAAAUGUGACUGCACGUUUAACAACAGGACCACCUGCCGCAUAACAGCACUGAGAGUUUACGCUUUGAAUGCAAGAGGCACAAUCCCGGCGGCUCUUGGGAAUUUGACGCGUCUCACCAAUCUGAAUUUGGGUCAAAAUUACUUCACUGGUCCCUUGCCUUCAUUUAUCGGCAAUUUAACAGCCAUGCAAUACCUGACAUUUGGUAUCAACGCGUUGUCCGGCACCAUCCCAAAAGAACUCGGAAACCUUCGAAAUAUUGUAGUAUUGUCCUUCAGUUCAAAUAGUUUCAAUGGGCCACUCCCUGCAGAGUUGGGGAAUUUGGCAACUCUGGAACAACUUUACAUAGACAGUGCCGGCGUCAGCGGUCCGAUUCCUUCAACAUUUUCCAAUCUAGUAAACUUGCAGACAGUGUGGGCCUCUGAUAAUGCGUUCAAUGGCUCGAUACCUAACUUCAUAGGGAAUUGGACUAAGCUUAAAGUUCUGAGAUUUCAAGGCAAUGCUUUUCAAGGUCCAAUACCAUCGAGUUUUUCGAAUUUAACAUCCCUAACCGAUCUGCGAAUUAGCGACAUAAAGAAUGGGUCCACAUCCUUGGCAUUUAUUAGUAACAUGAAGAACUUAACUACCUUAAUCUUGAGAAAUAAUAGGAUUUCGGAUACAAUUCCAUCUAACAUUGGAGAGUAUCGAUCAUUAAUGCACCUGGAUUUGAGCUUCAACAAUUUAACCGGUGUAAUUCCAAGUUCUCUCUUCAAUUUGACUUCACUUCGUAACUUGUUUCUUGGAAACAAUAGCUUGUCUGGUAGCAUUCCUUCCAGUAAAAGCUCAUUACUUGCCAACAUAGAUUUGUCCUACAAUCAAUUAUCAGGAAGCUUUCCAUCUUGGAUCACACAAGGCUUGCAACUGAACUUGGUCGCCAACAACUUUGUCAUUGAUAGUUCUAAUAACAGUGCUUUGCCUUCAGGAUUGAAUUGUCUUCAACGGAACUUUCCGUGCAAUCGGAAUUCUCCAAUUUAUUCUCAAUUUGCAAUCAAGUGUGGUGGCAGAGGGAUGACUUCUAAUGAUCGAACGGUGUAUGAGAAUGAUAACGAACCUCUUGGCGUAGCAACAUAUUAUGUGACCGGCGAGACCAGGUGGGCUGUCAGCAACGCUGGAUUGUUUGCUGAGAACAACAAUGCCUCGUACAUCUCAAGCUCUUCUUCUCAGUUUCUGAAUACUUUGGACUCAGAACUCUUCCAAACAGCAAGGAUAUCGCCAGGAUCGCUAAGAUACUAUGGACUCGGGCUUGAGAAUGGCCAGUACACCAUAACCAUGCAAUUCGCUGAAAUAGCUAUUGAAGAUUCAACUACUUGGCGGAGUGUUGGAAGGCGUGUAUUCGAUAUUUAUGCCCAGGGAAAUCUUCAAUUGGAAGAUUUUGAUAUAAAAAGAGCGGCAGGUGGGGCCUCUAAGAGCGCAGUUACGAGGACUUUCCAGGCUAAUGUAACUGAGAAUUUCCUUGAAAUCCAUCUCUUUUGGGCCGGGAAAGGGACAUGUUGUAUACCUGCUCAAGGUACUUAUGGGCCAUCCGUUUCAGCCAUCAGUGUCACUCCAGAUUUUACACCAACUGUUAGUAACCGUCCGCCAGGUUCGGGAAAGAAAAACAAGACUGGUUUGAUCGUCGGGAUUGUAGUUGGUGCUUUGAGCUUUAUAUCCAUUUUCGCACUUUUUAUCUGGAGACGAAGGAGAAGAGGCACCGAUGAAGAUGAAGAGUUUCUAAGCAUGGCUGCCAAAGCAAACACUUUCAGUUAUUCUGAACUGAGGACUGCGACAGAUGACUUCAGUCCUGCAAAUAAGUUGGGCGAGGGAGGAUUUGGGCCUGUUUUUAAGGGAACACUUACAGAUGGACGGGUAAUAGCCGUGAAGCAACUUUCAGUAGCAUCUCAUCAAGGAAAGAGUCAGUUUGUAACAGAGAUCGCUACCAUAUCUGCAGUGCAACACAAGAACCUCGUGAAGUUGUAUGGAUGCUGCAUCGAGGGAGAGAAGCGGCUUCUGGUCUACGAGUAUCUUGAAAACAAGAGCCUUGAUCAGGCACUCUUUGGAAGCAGCAACUUGAAUCUAAAUUGGGCCACCCGCUUCGAAAUAUGCUUGGGUACGGCCAGAGGUCUUGCUUAUCUCCAUGAAGAAUCAAGGCUCCGGAUUGUACAUAGAGAUGUCAAGGCCAGUAAUAUUCUGCUCGAUGCUGAUCUUGUCCCCAAGAUUUCAGAUUUUGGUUUGGCGAAGCUAUACGAUGAUAAGAAGACCCACAUCAGCACACGGGUCGCAGGGACAAUUGGGUAUCUUGCACCGGAGUAUGCCAUGCGUGGGCAUCUGACGGAAAAGGCCGAUGUGUUCGGAUUUGGGGUUGUUGCACUUGAGAUUCUUAGUGGAAGGAUGAAUUCAGAUACAACUUUGGAUCAAGAUAAGAUCUAUCUCCUCGAAUGGGCAUGGAAUCUACAUGAAACCAACCGACCAUUGGAACUGAUGGAUCAAACGCUGUCGGAAUUUGACAAAGAAGAAGCACUAAGAAUGAUUGGAGUAGCUCUUCUAUGCACUCAAGCAUCCCCAGGGCUACGCCCGCCCAUGUCCCGUGUGGUGGCCAUGCUAGCAGGUGACAUCGAAGUGAAUAGCAUCACAUCACGGCCCGGCUACUUAACUGAUUGGCAAUUUGAGGAGAUAAACACCUUCAUGACCGAUGACACAUCACGAGAGUCGACGGGGAGAACAAGCAGCCAACUUAACACGUCAUCAAAUUCGACCACAUUCAUUCAUGCGAGCCCAUCGCCUUUGGCUACUCAGCCAAUGUUGCAAGAGAUCGUCGGAGAAGGACGGUGAUGAUCAUCUUCAAAGCUGUCCAUGCAUGCAUGUAGACAUGUAUUUACAUGCAGAUACUUGAAUUAAUACCUCCAUUGUUAUGGAUAUGUGUAUAUAUACAACCUACGUACAUUUCAUAUAGAGGUUUGAUGGUUUGUAUUUGGGAUGUAUUUCCAUUUGUUUGGUGUAUACUUAAUUGUAGACAAAUGAUUGUAGCCUCACUGGCUGUAUUUGGGGAUUUUGGUACAUGGAUUUGUUGGGAAACUACAUUGAGAAAGGUAUUCAAAUCAAUCAUAUCAAAGUUAUUUAA